AUGUCGACCGCAGACUCAGCUGGCAAGAAGCGCAGGCGUGAUCCUGGACCAGAAGACGCUAAAAGGAGGACAGCACCGAGAUUGAGCAAAGAAGUUCAUCAUUCUGAGGAGCCUGAUGCGCCAGAGUUUGUGCGCCAACACAUAAAUUUUGACGAUGACAAUAUCGACGAGAGCUUGGAUAUCGUAGCGCCGCAGCCUGGUGGAGAAUUUGCGCAUAUCAAAUCGACCAAGAAACGUCACAAACUUGAGAAAGAAGCUCGUAAGGCUCGGAAAGCCGGGAACACCACUGAGAACAAGUUACCGAACGCUGUUUUGCCCAGAAGAGAACUUGAUCUCGUAGAGUUCGAGGAACCCUCAGCCACCGUCAGAUGCUCCGACAAUGUGGUCGACGCUGCCAGUCGGGACCGCUCGGGACGAGACGAAGGUUUGGUUACGGGAGAAGCUGCGUCACAAUCGCAAGCUGAGGCAGCUGGGCCACGGAGGCGUCGUCACAAAUUGGAAAAAGUGCUGGAGCAAUCAGAUGUAGCUGGAAGAGAGGAAGCGACACAGUCUGAUGAAGAACGACUCAAGAAGCAUGCUGGUGUACUAGGCAAAUUCCAAAAGUCGACUCAACUUUCACGAACCGCCCGUGAGGCUGCCGAAAAUGCACCGAACAAUGAGGCAGAACAGCCAGAGGCAGUCCAUGAACUGGUCGUCCCGCGUAUCGAAACUGGUCCGAGACCGCGCCUUUUGCCAGCAGAUGCGGCCAUGCCCGAAUGGCUGGCCCAGCCAACUGUGGUGCACAGCGAUGCAAGAAUCGGGUUUGGUGAUCUAGGACUUGAAGACGAUUUGGCGCAUAAGCUGUCACAACUUGGAUUUGCCGAAGCCCUCCCUGUCCAGCAGGUCGUAGUACCCUUGUUGCUACCGCCGGGAGUAUCAGGCGCCACAUACUUGCCAGGUAGUGAACCUGUGCUACCAGAUAUUGCAGUGAGCGCACCGACUGGCAGUGGCAAGACCAUUGCAUAUCUAUUGCCGAUAGUAGAAUCAUUGAAAUUUCGGCCACUUCGAGGUCAUAUCACGGCCGUUGUGAUCGUACCCACUCGAGAACUGGUCACUCAAGUCGCUGCAGUGGCAGAGAGUCUGACGAAAGGUACUUACAUACGUGUCGGCACAGCCACUGGUUCAAGAAAGCUUGGACUUGCUGAAUCCGAUUCUAAGACUGAGCAACGCCUAGAGGACACUUUACAAUGCUUGUCAAAUCAUGUGCCGACAUAUUCCUCAGCAGUCGACAUUCUGAUUGCAACACCUGGUCGUCUCGUCGAGCAUUUGUCCAGCACGCUAGGUUUCAACCUGACAUAUCUGCGAUGGCUUGUCAUAGACGAAGCUGACAAGAUCCUCGAUAACGAAAAUGAAGGCUUUCUUGAUAUCCUAGCGACAGAGAUCCGUCGGCCACGGAGAUAUGACGAACAGACUGCUCGAGAACAAUAUCUGCGAUCGACCGAUACCUGGGAUGACGGUCGAGAACGGCAUGUAAGGAAGGUCGUACUCUCAGCAACGAUGACUCGCGAUAUCACGAAAUUGAGCUCGCUCGGGCUGCAGCGCCCUAAGCUGGUUGUUGUUCGCGGCGCUGAGGGCAAGGCCGUUUCGACAUCUGCUGCAGGGCACAAUGGAGACGAGUUGUUGGGCGAUGCCGUGCAAGACGGUGACAUAUUCGAGCUCCCACCCACGCUCGUCGAAUAUUGUGUUCCUGUUGGCGAUGGUAGUGAGAAACCAUUAAUUGCCAUGGAAUUGCUUUUUGCGAAAAUACUACUUUCAGAAACCGAGGCCGCUGCUCCCACAAUAUUGGUCUUCACUUCCAGUAACGAGGCCGCCCAUCGACUAUCCCAUCUUCUUAAAUCCCUGAAGCCCGAGUUCGCGUCAUGGAUUAGUACCCUCACCAAAACCAAAACCGCAAAGGGCGUGAAUCUCCAAUCAAAGAACCAGGAACCCGUCAUCGUCGUCUCCACAGAUCGUGCAGCUCGAGGUUUGGACAGUUUCGGGAACCGGCCAAUCACCCAUAUCAUCCAGUACGACGUUCCACGAUCGAUCACAGGCUAUGUUCAUCGAGUUGGUAGGACAGCGCGCGCGGGUCGUGUAGGUGAUGCUUGGACGCUAUAUACAAAUACCGAGGCACGGUGGUUCACAGGUCAGAUUACAAAGGCUGCGACAUUGCGACGCUCGCAGGCUGUUGAGAGAGUAAAACUGUUCAUGAAUGAUGAGGGAAUGCGGAAGCGAUAUGCUACUGUUCUGGCGGAUAUGAAACAGACGGUGUUUGGAAAAGUUUGA